AUGGGUUACCUCGAAGACGAAGAUCAGAAGUACUUGGACGACGUCCAGGCUGUGAAGAAUUGGUGGAAGGACUCUCGAUGGAGGCACACCAAGCGUCCUUUUACCGCAGAGCAGAUCGUGGCCAAGCGUGGAAACUUGAAGAUUGACUACCCUUCAAACGUCCAGGCCAAGAAGCUCUGGCAGAUUGUGGAGCGCAACUUCAAGAACAAAGAAGCUAGUUUCACAUAUGGCUGCCUCGAGCCAACAAUGGUCACCCAGAUGGCCAAGUUUUUAGACACCGUCUAUGUGUCUGGCUGGCAAAGCUCCUCCACUGCCUCUUCCACCGACGAACCCUCUCCCGAUCUUGCAGAUUACCCUAUGAACACCGUGCCCAACAAGGUGAACCAGCUGUUCAUGGCCCAGCUUUUCCAUGACCGAAAACAGCGCGAGGAGCGCAUCACCACCCCCAAGGACCAGCGACACAAGGUUGCCAAUAUUGAUUACCUGCGCCCCAUCAUCGCCGAUGCCGACACUGGCCAUGGUGGUCUUACUGCCGUCAUGAAGUUGACGAAGCUGUUUGUGGAGCGUGGAGCUGCUGGUAUUCACAUUGAGGACCAGGCGCCUGGCACCAAGAAGUGCGGUCACAUGGCCGGAAAGGUUCUCGUGCCCAUCAGCGAGCACAUCAACCGUCUCGUUGCUAUCCGUGCACAGGCCGACAUCAUGGGAACCGACCUCCUGGCUAUUGCCCGAACUGACUCGGAAGCCGCCACUCUCAUCACUUCUACUAUCGAUCACCGUGAUCAUGCUUUCAUCAUCGGCUCGACCAAUCCCGACAUCCAGCCCCUCAAUGAUUUGAUGGUCAGUGCCGAGCAAGCGGGUAAGAACGGUGCGGAGCUACAGGCCAUUGAGGAUGAGUGGAUUGCCAAAGCUGGCCUGAAGCUGUUCGACCAGGCUGUCGUCGACGCUAUCAACAAGAGCCCACUGCCCAACAAGGAGAAGAAUAUCCAAGAUUACCUCAAGGCGGCCAAGGGCAAGAACAACUCCGAGGCGCGUGCCAUUGCCAAGCGCAUUGUUGGCACGGACAUUUACUUCGACUGGGAGUCUCCUCGUACCCGUGAAGGUUUCUACCGCUACCAAGGUGGCACUCAAUGCGCCGUUAACCGCGCCGUUGCCUAUGCCCCGUUCGCCGAUCUGAUCUGGAUGGAGAGCAAGCUCCCCGACUACGCCCAGGCUAAGGAGUUCGCCGACGGUGUUCACGCCGUCUGGCCCGAGCAAAAGUAA